UGUGUUCGGCUGAAGUGUCAUAAAAAUUAUCCAACGAUUAGACAUUAGAAAUUAGAAGAUCGUUUACACGGACAGUUUGUCAGUUGUGCAAACGCAUCGUAAAGUACGAAUUUUCUCUUGUUUUCAAGAAAAUGGCUUUAACCAACAUCUUGCUUCUGAGUCAGAUAUCCGGAUACAUUGUGGCUCUUAUCCUAUCACUCUGUAUUAUCAUACCUGUGAGCUUGCAUCAAGAUGAAUUUAGAGGACAUUGCCUAUUAUUUUCAAAUGGAACAUGGCAAGAAUCAGAUGGACAGUUUGUAGUAAACUGGGCUUCGCGUGCUUAUUGUAAUUAUACCCUAUUUGUUGGUUUGAUGUUACUUUUAACAUCUGCUGUACAAAUCUACAGAUUAUCAUUGUUAAUGUACCGUGGAGAAGACAGCUCCUUUUUGUCUGCGUUCAUAGAUGUUGUUAGUUCUAUAGUUCUCACAACAAUAACAUUGGUGGCUGCAAUUAUUGUUACCCUUGGGUUUAUGACCUGGUGUCAAAAUAUGACAAAAAGAUUUCCGUCAUGUGAAUUGGCAGCUGGAAAUGAUAUUGACAAAGCUGAUGGAAUAGAUACAUCUGGUUUCCAUAUAGAAUUAGGUGCUGCUCAAUUUGGCACUUGGACCAGUUUAUCUAUUUGGGUUGGUUUAUCUGUUUUUGCAGUCUUAAAAUUGUUACGGUACCAUCAGUUGGAAAAUAUGAAAGUUUCCAUGUAUAGAGAAAGGCAGAGAUUGAUAGAGGCUGCCAAAAGUAAUGAGAUACAAGAAAUAAACUAGAAAUGCAAU